AUGGUUCAUGCCAAUGCUCGGCAUUUGAAACCAGUCAAUGAGAUCCAGCACAAAUCCAACCAGGAAUCUUGGUUUGUCGUCGCGCACACCCCCCAUGCCGCCGCCCCUGCCCCCUACCCCUCGCGAGCGCCCGGUACAAACGACCCCCAAUCGCCCGGUGCUGCCAGUUACAAAAGCAUCUCUUCGCCGCCUGGUCAGUUACAAAAGCCGAGGAGCAGGAGCUGCCCUAGUGCCCAGCCCGGGAGCGGCAGCGACCGUGAUCUGGGUGCCUCUGGAGAGGUCCCGAGUGGGCCCGGACGCCCCGAUGCCUCGCAGGGCAGUGCAGGCGCCUUGUCGCCGAGUUCCCGCCCGGCCCAGGCCACUCCCGCCCCGGAACUCCGGACCCAGAAGCAGCUGGAGUUGAAGGUGGCAGAGCUGGUGCAGUUCUUGCUGAUUAAGGACCAGCGGAAGAUCCCCAUCAAGCGGACUGGUAUCCUGAAGCACGUCAUCCGUGACUACAAGGACAUCUUCCCAGACCUGCUCAAGCUGGCUGCCGAGCGUCUCCACUAUGUGUUCGGGUACAAACUGGUAGAACUCGAACCCAAGAGCAACGCCUACAUCCUCAUUAACACCCUGGAGCCGGUGGAGGAGGAUGCUGAGAUGAGAGGCGACCAGGGAACGCCCACCACCGGCCUCCUGAUGAUUAUUUUAGGGCUCAUCUUUAUGAAUGGCCACAGCAUCCCGGAAACCGAAGUCUGGGAUUUUCUUCGUCGUUUGGGGGUGUAUCCCACCAAGAAGCAUUCCGUUUUUGGAGAUCCGAAGAAACUCAUUACUGAAGACUUCGUGAGACAGCGUUACCUGGAGUCCCGACGGAUACCCCACACAGAUCCCGUGGACUGUGAGCUCCAGUGGGGUCCACGAGCAAAUCUGGAAACCAGCAAGAUGAAAGUUCUUAAAUUUGUGGCCAAAGUCCACAAUCAAGAUCCCAAGAACUGGCCCACGCAGUACUGUGAGGCUUUGGCAGACGAGCAGAGCAGGGUCAGACCGGAACCCAGUGGUACAGUCCCGGCUUCCUGAAAUAAGUACUUGGGAUUCUCAAGUUCAAGGCGGAAGAAUAAGAAAUAUGGGGAUGGGAGAAGCAUAUUUCCACAAUAAUUAAAGUGUAUUACCUUUAA